GGUGCCCAGUUUGAAUGAAAGAUGCGAGGUGCCGGGAUGCUGUGUAUAAGAACGGGGACCAUAUCUCUCCUUGUCCUUAUUAUUAGCCAUGCCUAUGGUCUACCUUUACAAAUACUACCCAGCAUCCCGGGCUACAUCCCUGUUUAUAUUAGAAAUGGAGACCAACCAUUAAUAGAAAUCAAUCCUGCUUUAGCCGAAGCAUUCCACGAGACUGAAAAUUAUUCCAAGGCGAUGCGAAAUUUGCACCUUGACCGAAUUUCUGAUCCACAGAAUCUUGAUGAUAUAAACAAGAUCAUAGACCCAAGUCCACAGUUUGUGAAUGAAUAUGAGAAAAACGGAAAUUCGAAUAUUAUGAAGAUACACAAGGUUCCAGAAAUAAUUCCAGAAACGAUCAAAGAUGAUGUAAAAAAACUAACAGUAGCAAUACAAAAAGAAGAAAUUGAGCCAAACAAAGAAUAUGAUUCUACUUCGAAAAUAUCAACAGAACCUGAAGAAAUUCAGUUUAUUAAAGUAUCCAUUGUCAAUGAUCUAGAAAACGCUAAAGGAAAUUUAGAUUACACCAAGGACCUUGCCGAAAAAAAUAACGAUGCUUUAAUUAAUUAAAAACAAAAUUAUGAAUGUAAAAAAAAAUCAAUGUGUAAAAAAUAAACUGAAAGGACUGAAAGUUUGACUGAGACUGCAAAGAUA